CCCGCAGACCCCGAGCGCGCGAUGCGGAGGCCGGCGGUGCGGCUGGUGCUGCUGGGCCGCGUGCCCUACGCCCGGUUGUUGGCGGGGCAGGAGCGCUGGCUGCGGCGGCUGCAGACCGAGCCGGGCACGGAGGCGGGGGCGCUGCUGGUCUGUGAGCCCGCGGAGCCCGUGUACACCGCUGGGCUGCGUGGCGGCCUGACGCCCGAGGAGGUGACACGGCUGCGGGCCUUGGGCGCUGAGGUGCGCACUACUGGCCGCGGCGGCCUAGCCACCUUCCACGGCCCCGGCCAGCUGCUCUGCCACCCGGUGCUCGACCUGCGGCUCCUCGGCUUGCGCCUGCGCACCCACGUGGCGGCGCUGGAGGCGUGCGCCGUGCGCCUCUGCGAGCUCCAGGGCCUGCCUGGCGCGCGCGCGCGGCCCCCGCCCCACACCGGCGUCUGGCUGGGCGAGCGCAAGAUCUGCGCGAUCGGUGUCCGCUGUGGAAGGCACAUUACAUCCCAUGGCCUGGCUCUGAACUGCUCCACGGACCUCACAUGGUUUGAGCACAUUGUACCCUGCGGGCUGGUUGGGACUGGUGUCACGUCUCUGAGUGAGGAGCUCCAGAGGCAUGUUACUGUGCAUGAAGUAAUGCCUCCUUUCCUUGAGGCCUUUCAAGAGACCUACAAGUGCCUGCUGAUCUCAGAGGACAGUCCCCACUGAAGGACAUUAAUGGCAUCACUGCUGGGAGGUCCUGCCUUGAAAUGCCUCAAACUGAUUUGAUGUCACUGAAACCCACAUUCCAGGCCUGACCCUGUCAUUCACUAACUCAAGGGACUGUGGAUACCUCAUGAAUUCUGAGCCAUUGUCUCCACAUCUAUCCAGAUUUGCUUAUAUUUUUUCCACUUAUUCAUAGAUCUGGAACAAAAGCAAAAUAUGCUAUGCAAACAAACACUACUGCUUUUGACACCAUUAUCUCUGUUUUUAAAAGCUCAGAUGUCAGGAGUCGGGUGGUAGCACAGUGGGUUAAGUGCAGGUGGCACUAAGCGCAAGGACCAGUGUAAGGAUUCCAGUUUGAGCCCCCGGCUCCCCACCUGCAGGGGAGUCACUUCACAGGCGGUGAAGCAGGUCUGCAGAUGUCUAUCUUUCUCU